UCACGUCUUAGUCGUUUCUCGUUCUCGUUUAACAUUCUCGUCGCUGCGGAAGGUCGUGCGUGCUCCAACCGUUUUAUCCGUUCAUCGCCGAAAUCGUCAUUCCCAGAUACUGCCCGGUUCCAUCACGAUCGCAUUCCAACAUCAACCCAACACGAAACGAACGUACGUUAAGAUUUCAUAAUAAGGUUCAACGAAAAUUGCAUCAACAUCUUUUUCACUUGAAGGUUCAAGGCCUAAUAUAAAUUAUUCAUAUUCAUCCAGCAGUAAAAAAUCGGAAACCCAAAAUGAAUCAGAAUAUGAAAAAUAUUACUAAUCAUAGUCAGAAAAUCAAGUCUGAUCGUGUUAAUAAAUUGCCAUCUAAAUCAAAAGGUUCACAAGAUUUUCAACGCAAUUAUCCAAGGAGAACUAGAUUAACAAAUGUUCCUCAAAUCAUUAAAGUCCAAAUCCCACUGUCGAAAAAUUUGAAAACAAAAUGUUUUAGUUCAAGUAGUGGUAUUAAAAUAGAAUACCCAUCAGGAUCAGAUGCUGUUGUGACACCCAGAGUAUCCGUCAAAUCUAGUCGAUCUAAGUAUAUCCACGAUGUAGAAGAUCAAACCUCAACCCUGCAACCUCCGUUGUCAGAAUUUGAUAAAAAAUUAGUAAAAUCUGAAGCCCAUUCUCAUGGGAAUGCUAAUGACAUUUCAAGUACCUGCCACAAGAAAGCAGGGUAUUCGGCAGCUUAUGAGGAUUUAGUGAUUUAUGCUUGCGAGCGUCAUAGAAAUCGUUCAUUGUCACCAUUUGGUUCAGAAACCCAAGAGUCACUGGGCUCUAUUGAUCUCACUUUAACACCUACAUCGUCACCCGACCGAUCUAGAAGUCGUUCUAGAUCCACUGAACAUAGUACAGCUGAAUCUACUAAAUUUGCAGAGUUAGCAGAUUUUAAGGAUUUAUUGACUGUAGCCAAACGUUACCAUUUUAUCAGACAUUAUCAAACACGUUCCAAAACAGCCGCUGAGAAAUUGAUGUUAGAAUCAGCCACAAAAAAACGAGUUGGGAGCAAAUAAAAGAAAAAAAUAAGAACCGUGGUCGAAGGAAGGUGGCAUAAAAUGCG